AUGUGCAGCUCCGAUAUUUUCCUGGCGGUUCUCGCCGUCUUCUUCCCACCUAUUGCAGUAUGGGUCAAGGCAGGCAUCUGUACCGCCGACUCAGUUAUCAACAUAGCCCUCUGUCUCCUGGGCUACCUCCCGGGCCUCAUCCACGCAUGGUACAUCAUCGUCAAAUAUCCAGAACAAGACCCUGAUGGGGCAAGCUACGAGCCCAUCCCUGGUGGCGCAAGCCAGCGCCGGGAUCUCGAGAACGGGAAUGUCACAUACUACUAUGUCUCACACCAGCCCCAUCAGCACCCCGCCCCGCGGUCAUAUGGUACUGUCGCCAAUGGGCAGCAGGCGUCUGCUCAGACGAGCUCGGCGACUAAGUCACACGAUCAGCAUGAAGGUGGUGAGCAAGGGGGUAGCAGCUCGCAGGCCCCGCCGACGUAUGCCGAGGCUGUCAAGGGUGAUAACAAGGUGCAGAGCGAUGAAUAG